AUGUCACAACUUACUAGAGAUAUCCCAAGCCUUCAGCUUAAAGAUGGCUCCGCAAUACCCUUGCUUGCCUACGGCACUGGUUCCGUUCUAGGCAAAGCAGCAGAUGACGGCACCCUUGACGUAAAAACCGUUGAACACAUCCAAAAAGCCCUCAAGCUUGGCUACACGCACAUUGACUGUGCUGAAGCCUACAACAACGAGCGCGAGGUCGGCGCCGCGAUCCAGCAGAGCCAAAUAGCCCGCGAGAAGCUUUUCGUGACCACGAAGACACUAGGUUUCCAGCCCAUUGCUCAGGCGCUAGAUGCCAGUCUGCAGAAGUUGCAGCUCAGUUACGUAGACCUCUACCUUCUCCACAUCCCUUGGCUCGAGCCCACGCGCUCUCUCCGCCACGUAUGGGCCGAGAUGGAAGCCGUAAAAGCUUCUGGAAAAGCAAAAGCCAUCGGCGUCUCCAACUUCGCAAUCUCACACUUGGAGACUAUCAAAGCCGGCGCAAGUGAGAUCCCGGCGGUGAACCAAGUCGAGUAUAACAUUUAUCUCCAACAAUCGGAGCUAUCCGCGUACUGCCAGAGAUACGGUAUAACGAUAGAAGCGUAUGGGCCACUAGCACCGUGCAUCACAGAGGGCCCAGCUAAGGUGACGGUGGGGGAGCUUGCGCGGAAGUAUGGGGUGGGAGAGGCGGAAAUUUGCUUGAGGUGGUGUGUGCAGAAGGGGGUGGUGGUUGUGACGACGAGUUUGAAGGAGGAGAGGGUGAAAGGUUAUCUAACGGCCCUUGAGUUUAGCCUUGAGGAUGAGGAAAUUGAACAGCUGUCGAGUGUUGGGGCGAGUCAUCAUUUCAGGAAGUAUUUUGCUGAGAAUUUCGCUGGGGAGGAUAAAGCAUAA